CUAUUUGUAAAAUUAGAAGAAAAUCUUAUGAUUAUUCUUCUUCACCCACGAACUAGUCAUCAAAGCAGAGACUUUUGAGAGGCUGGCUUCUUUGUUUUCACAGUCUCCGACUGUGAACCAUGGCAUCAGCGACGGCGAUCAAAGAGCUUGAGCGAGAUCUCGAAGCCCAAGCCAAAGCCCUCAGCAAAAUUCAGAAAGACUUCUCCAAGAACCAUCAAGUGAGGAAGCAGUACACUAUCCAGCUUGGAGAGAAUGAGCUUGUUCACAAGGAGUUGGAUCUUUUGAAGGAGGAUGCAAAUGUGUACAAGUUGAUUGGACUGAUGGUUGUGAAGCAAGACAAUACUGACAAUACUGAGGCCAGAGGCCAUGCUCGUAGCACCCUUUUGUAAUAUAUUAUGUUUGGUUGAAUGAAG